UCGUUUAAAACUUCUCUCCUGGGAAAGUUGAUGAUUAUGAAGUAAAACAAACUUAAAUAUUCAUUAAUUUCUGGUUUUUCCGAGUCUACUAAGCGUAGAAUAUGUCAAGGAUCAUUCUUUAGGAGGUUUAUGGUAUAAAGGAUUCUUGGCAAGUUCCAAACAAUUUUUGAUACGAUUCCAAAUAUUUUUUAUGCACAUUUUGGCUAUUGUAACUUUGAUAAAGAUUUCUAUGCUGUGGUAAGAAAUUCGAGUAUAGGAUCGUAGAUAAAAAGUUUUUACGGCAUCUUACGUUUGCAAUUGGGAAUUGUACAGAUUCUACAAAGCAGAGGUGACCUCGAAGAUUAUGUAGGCGUCCUUGUUCGUUUAUCAGAUUUUCUGUCAAUGUUAUCUGAUGAUGGCGACAAUUAAGUGUAGAUUCUAUGCUACGAAAUAAUAAUAAUAAUAUAACCGAAUAGAUAUAUCAUUUAUUCAAAACCGUUGCCGACGAUAAACAAACUUGUAUGGGUGUUAAUAACGGCAAACAUCGAUCGAAGCAGAUAAACAAUGGUAAUAUCGAUCAUAUGAGAUCUGCCAAAAUCCAAAAGUAAAAUCAAAAUCUUCUAAACAGUCGGGAGAAGUUUAAAGACGACCAAGUUAACGAUCGAAUGGGUAAAGGGGGUUGGAUCUCGCCUUCCCUCCUCACCACCAUUGGACGAAUCGAUUUGGUGCACCACAUCUGACGCCAAAGCGCAGAACUGCUCUUUCACAAGGAGAAGAUCGCUUGAGCACCACAUCCAAGAUUAAUCACUGCUUAGAACAUGCUUCAGCGUAGAGUACAGUUCACGUUUGUCUCUCCACACUUAACCUCAUCCCGGACUCGGGUAUCCACAAAAUUAACCCGUACCACGUGACCAAAGAAGUGAAAGCACCAUAAAUUGAAGACAAUCUACGCACUCUAGAAGAAAAAUAAUAAUAAUUUAAGUAAAGCAAGAUGAGUUCCACUCGACGUUAUCGUAAGAGAUGGAGAAAUCCAGUUUUAGUAUUUUUUUCGGGACUAUUUGUUGUGGUCUUAUUUUCUUACAUUCAACCAACGAGAGACAGGAAACCAAUGAUGGAUAACAGUGCAAUUAUGAGGAAGUUACUACACCAAAAAGAAGAUAACGGUUCUUCGGCGCAGUUCCCAAACGAUUUAUUUACCAAAGAUGAGCGAAAACAUGGUGCAAUAAUUUUGCACGUUUUGGGUUUAGCUUACAUGUUCGUGGCACUGGCCGUUGUCUGCGAUGAAUUCUUCAUCCCAGCACUGGACGUUAUAACAGAAAGUUUGGCCAUUUCCGAAGAUGUGGCCGGUGCUACGUUUAUGGCCGCGGGAGGAAGCGCUCCAGAACUUUUCACCAGCAUUAUUGGAGUGUUUAUAUCGUACGACGAUGUGGGAAUCGGUACUAUAGUCGGAUCAGCUGUUUUCAAUCUGCUCUUCGUCAUCUCUAUGUGUGCUAUCUUCAGCAAGACCGUCCUGCAACUUACCUGGUGGCCCCUGUUCCGAGACGUCUCAUUCUACUCUAUCAUUCUCAUUAUAUUAAUGGUUUGCUUCAAAGAUAAUGUCAUUCAUUGGUACGAAGCAACCAUACUGUUAUCGUGUUAUAUAGUAUACGUUACUUUUAUGAAAUUUAAUUCACGACUAGAGAUGAUGGUGAAGAAAUUAUUGAAUAGGAACAGGGUGACCAGAGUUGGCAGCACGGAUCAGCUGAUGCCCAGUAUGAUGAAGAGACGUAUGAGUACUCCACUUCUGCACGGUGGCAGUAAAUUCCGUCACGGAUUGCUCCAACUGAUGAUACAUUCCAUUGAUCCACUUCACGAAGGUAAAUUAGACGACAAAGCUUCACAACUGCACGCAAUAGCCUCUCUUCGGGUACUUCUGGAUGCAACGAAGAGCAAUGGCGGAUUGCCGAGCGGAAAUGUCUCUCCAACAACUGGCUAUCCUUCUUCUUCGGGAGAUCUAAAGCCUCCUAAUUCUACAAUGGUUGAGAUAACGUGCGACCGGCAAAGCCACGUGCCCUCCGCAGAUACCUGCAUUACCAGUAUGUCCGGAUGUGAAGAGGACAUUGCGCGCACAGAGGCCAUCAACAAUUUACAGCACUCAGAUAAUCACUCACCUAUGAGUCUGACGACGCACAGUGCCCAACGUGAUGCUCGGAAUGGGAGGGAGCUCCGAGAAACAACAAUAGGAAACGGUUUUCAUGGUAGUGCCACUGCAGGAGGAAACGUCAGCACCAUCUUGCCUGAACGAAACGCCCCUUCACAGAGCACAACGACUUCCACGGCUCAGGGAAAAUGGGAAAACAAGCCUGGCUCAUCCAAACAACUACCAAUGGAUUGCUGGGAACCACAAGACCCAGAUGAACCAGAUGAACCUCUAGAUCUCUCAUGGCCUGACACAUGUCAUAAACGUAUUAAUUACAUUCUGGUUGCUCCCAUAGUUUUCCCAUUAUGGAUAACAUUACCAGAUGUCAGGCGACCGGAAAAAAGGAAAUGGUUUCCUUGGGGAUUUCUAGGGAGUAUCAUGUGGAUUGCAAUAUUUUCUUAUUUAAUGGUCUGGUGGGCAACUCUAGUCGGAGAAACCAUAAACAUACCGAAUGAGGUUAUGGGGUUGACGUUUUUAGCUGCGGGAACCAGUAUACCCGACCUAAUUACAAGUGUCCUAGUUGCGAGGAAAGGUUUCGGGGACAUGGCCGUUUCAAGUUCCGUCGGAAGCAAUAUUUUCGACAUAGCAGUCGGUCUUCCUUUACCCUGGUUGUUAGCAUGUUUGAUAAGUGGUUCUGUACACGUAAGCAGUGUAGGAAUGGCAUGUUCGAUCUUUCUACUUUUUAUGAUGCUGAUAUUUGUCAUAGUUUCCAUAGCUCUUUUUAAAUGGAAAAUGAAUGUUGGAUUAGCAGUGGUUAUGUUUCUUUUGUACUUUGUCUUCAUUGCUGUCAGUCUUAUGUUGGAAUAUGGAGUCAUAUCUUGCACCAACAUUAUGAGUACUUUCUCAUCAGGAAACUAAGAACAAUUCAACAUUGUUAUCCUCCUUUCAUACAGAAAAUGAUACAGAAGGAAGGAUUCAACACAAUGUAGAAUGGAAUUAAUCCACUAGUGGAUAUUUCUAUAUGAAGUGAGAAAAAUAACCUGUACAUAAGAGAUAAAGUGUACAUAUAUGUCACGUUAACUCUAAUGAUGUUAAAAGGUAUAUUUUAUGAAAAGUUGAAAAAAAAAUGUUAAAUAAUCAAGAGUUUAUGAGGAAAGAAUGUUUGAGAUAUUUCUCAAUUAUAUGUACAGUAUAAAUUAUAUAUAUCUAUAUAUAUAAUAUAUAUAAAUACCUUUUACAUGAAUUAACUCAGGUUAGGAUUGUAUAUGGCCCGGAGGUGAUUUUCAACGAAAAACCUAUGUACAACGAUCCAGAAAAAUAUUUCUAGAAAGAGUGCCUUGGUUCAAAAAACAAAUACACAUCUAUUAUUUAAUUUUUAGUUCAAUUUUAUAAAUUCCCUCGGCAUUUACCAUCAGUAUUAGGAUUAUCUAAGAAAGGAUUUUUAAAAAGACUUACCACAGACAACACUUUUCAGUUAUUUCUAAUGUUUUAUGUCUCGUCUCCAAUAACAACGAAAAAUAAAAAGCAGAAAUAACUUUUAUACUUUAUCUCCUACUGUAAAGAUGAUAAAAAUGGCUUAGCGAUACAAACAAUCUCAAUAACACAGAUGACAUUUUUAUCCAGUAUUACAUUUGCAUUCUUUAUCAUAACCUCUUUUUUUGUUAGUUAAUUUUUUCAAACUGUCGACAAUAAAUUUCAGGACCGAGUGCCUUGAGAAUGCUGUGAAGAUUUUGUGAUGAAAUGAAAAUUGUAGAAUGUUAACAUUUAAUGUUAUAUGCUUUCUAUGCUCUUUUCCUUUCCGUGCAUGCCUAGUUGUAAAAUCAGUGUUAGUUUUAUAUAACCAAAUGCACAUUUGCUCACUGUAGUUGCCUGAGAACAAACUUUUGUCCUUUAAUUAAAAAGCUAACACUAGAGAAUGGACCAAAACUAUUUAUUAUUUUAAUUUUUAUCCGUUUUUAUUACUUGACUUGAGUUUCAAUCCCUUGUCCUCACAAGCUGUGAAUCCCAGAUUUAACUAGCGUGAAGUUUUGGGUGUCUUCACUCAUUUACUAUUAUGGGAUUAUUACAGAAGGAAUAUGAUUAUAUUCUCCAAAUUUAUAUGAUAAUACAAGAAAAUUGUUUACGAUGUAUUCCGUCCCUUGCUAUUCAGAUAUGCACUUUUAUCCCUCCAGGAAGAAAGUUUGUGUCGAAUAAAGAGGGAGAGGGGAGAGAUGGAAAAAAAAAAUGAAAAAAUACCUGGAUGUUUGUUGUUGUGUUGAAUAUCUGUAGCAAAAUUGUUAUUCUGCUCAAGCAGUUAAGAUCUGUGAUUUUAAUUACAUGCCAUCAAGUGAUGUUAGCAUGGAAUAUUCAAGUCAAUACACAGUUUAUCUCAUUGAGAAUCCUCAAAUCAAAAUACUAAGAUCUAAUCUUGUUUUUUUAAACAAAAGAUCUAAAUUUAAAAGACUAAAAUAGUUAUUAAGAGUUUUUUUCUUUAAUAGGUUCUAUGCAACAAUUAUAAAGUUUCAGUUAAUUUUAAUUGUCAACAUAUCAUUCAGAAAUAGAAUACAAAAUAAGCACAUUAAAUGGAAGUUUUGACUUGGGCUGUGCAGAUUAGUUUUUUAACUUUAGGUUACUCAUUAAUAUUUCUUAAAACAAUAAUAAAUGUAAAUAUAGAAAAUAACUACAAUAACGUAAAAUCUUAUCAGUCUGGUUCUUUCUUUCUCUUUUAAAUUGGACAAAUCAAACACAACCCGAUUCGCGGCCUUCGUGAGAUCAAAAUCUUCACAGCCGACAAAGAAGACCAAAAACAUACGAGGAAAAAAACUAAUAAUAAUAUAUAAUAGUAUAAUUAAAUAGUACACAUACAAAUGGACAUUUAUCAGUCAUACAGAGACAAAACACAAAUAAAACAAGAAAUGAUCGAUGACAAUUUAACAUUUAUCAUCGUUGCAAUACCAUUUCCAUUAUAUUGUUCUUACAGCAGAAUUCCUUGCUAAUUAUUAUGUAAAAUGUAGAAACUAUGUAUAUUAUACAGACUGCCAAAUUGUAUUUGUGUAAAGAUAGAAAAGAGUGUAUAUAUAACGUAUAUAAUAUAUAUAUAAAUAUAUAUCCAUAUUCAUAAAUAUACUAAACCAACCAAAAGAGAAAAUACAUUUAGUAGUGCAAUAAAAAAUUCACUUCAUUUGGUUUUGAUGUUUAGAAUGUGUCAAAUGUGAAUUAUAGUUUUCAAAUUUAAAAAAAUAUCAUUUUUGCUAGUUGUGUAGAUUAAAACUAAAAAUGAAAAAUUCAAAAAUAUUAGCAUCAUAUUUAUUUCCACCAGCUUAUUUCUUUAUUUCUUUUAUUAACGCUUGCAUAUGUCAUUUUCAUUUCCGACCAGACGUAACUUGACCAAGAAAAUGUCAGAGAUUAACAAAUCUCCCAACAGAAUAUAUUAGAAAAUAUUUAAUUUUCCAUAUUUGUUAAUUAUCUUCCUACUUUUAUUAAUAAAACUAUGUUUUAGAGAGUUUAUACAAUUUAACAUGUUCUCUCCAUUUGCAAAAAUUGAAGUCCUGUCAUUGUUAUCAUCUAUCCAAACAAAAAAAAAUAAUUAAAUAAUAGUUAACAAUCUUGAUGUGAAACUGUAUAAAUCAAUAAUUGGCAAUUAGUUUGUCAUCUGUACGCAUCUGUAUGAUGAUAAAUAAAAUUUUUAGAAGUAGAAA